CACCGGUAGUUCCGUUUCCGGCAGCACCAGAUAAGUCGCGAGAGGAAGCUUAGACCCUGUCGUUUGCGUUUAGGACCACUUUCGUUUCAUGAUGGUCCGUAGUGGAAAAAAUGGUGACCUUCAUCUUAAACAGAUUGCAUAUUAUAAACGAACUGGUGAAUAUCAUCCAACUACACUACCAAGUGAAAGAAGUGGCAUAAGAAGAGCAGCAAAAAAAUUUAUCUUCAAAGAAAAAAAGCUGUUUUAUGUUGGAAAAGACAGAAAACAAAAUCGUUUGGUAAUUGUUUCAGAAGAAGAAAAAAAGAAAGUCUUAAGAGAAUGCCAUGAAAAUGACACUGGAGCUCAUCAUGGCAUAUCCAGGACCCUUACUCUAGUGGAAUCCAAUUAUUACUGGACUUCUGUGACCAAUGAUGUCAAACAGUGGGUAUAUGCUUGUCAGCAUUGCCAAGUGGCAAAAAAUACAGUUAUUCUAGCACCUAAACAGCACCUUCUCAAGGUGGAGAAUCCAUGGAGUAUAGUUACUGUUGAUCUGAUGGGCCCAUUUCAUGCAAGCAACAGAAGUCACGUUUAUACUAUAAUCAUGACAGAUUUGUUCACAAAGUGGGUUGUGAUUUUGCCUCUCUGUGAUGUUUCAGCAUCAGAAAUUUCUAAAGCUAUUAUCAAUAUAUUUUUCUUAUAUGGACCGCCUCAGAAAAUAAUAAUGGACCAAAGAGAAGAGUUCAUUCAUGAGAUCAAUGUUGAACUGUGUGGAUUGUUUGGCACAAAGCAAAUUGUAAUUUCUCAUACCUCCCAAACUGUUAAUCCAACUGAAAGUACACCUAGCACAAUCAAAGCAUUUCUUUCUAAACACUGUGCUGACCACCCAAACAACUGGGAUGAUCACCUAUCAGCCAUUUCAUUUGCCUUCAAUGUAACUCACUUGGAACCUCCUAAAAAUACACCAUAUUUUCAAAUGUUUAAUCGCAAUCCUUAUAUGCCUGAGACUUCAGAUGUUCUUCAUGAGGUGGAUGGUGAUGAUACAAGUAUGUUUGCCAAAAUUUUAGGUGCAAUUAAAGAAGCUGAUAAAAUAAUGGAGAAUAAGACAACUUCAGCAGGACAGAUGGAGAACAACAAUCCUGAUGAACUGAAUAAAAGCAAAAUCAUUGUUAAAAAGAAACCAAAGCAAUUAAAUCCAUUUCGUUUAAAAGUGGGUCAUGAAGUUUUAAGACAAAGGAAAAAUUGGUGGAAGGACGGUCGUUUCCAGUCUGAAUGGGUUGGACCUUGUGUCAUAGACUAUAUUACAGAAAGUGGAUGUGCUGUUCUGAGAGACAACACUGGGACUCGACUUAAAAGACCUAUCAAAAUGUCCCACCUUAAGCCCUAUGUAAGAGAGUCCAGUGAACAAGACAGUCUUUAUCUCUUACAAGGUUCAGUAGUGGCAGAUCAUGACUACAUUGGAUUGCCUGAAAUUCCAGUUGGAGCAUACCAAGCAAAUAUUCUGGUAGAAGAUGCAACUACUGGCGUAGUCAAUAAUGAAUUACUAACAUCAAGCAAGGAUCGUGAACUAUUAGAAUUUAGAAAUGCCAAAAUCUCUCCAUUGAUAGAAGAUCAUAGUACUCUUGAAAAGCAGACUUUCAGUCUGUUGGACUCUUCAAACCAAGUCCUUGAGUACUUAACUCUACACCCAACGUGGGGCUUGAACUCAAUACCCCAAAUGAAGAGAGUCGCAUGCUCCACGAACUGAGCCAGCCAGGAGCCUCUAUCUAAGGCUUUUGUAUAGGGAAGUGUCAUUAUCAGAACUACAUUUUGGGCGCUGUCAGUGAAAAUGGAGGUCCACAUACCAUAUGUGUAAAUAAUCAGAAGUUAUAAAUCACACUAACAAACUGUUCCUACCUUGACAAAGAUGCCUUCUUAAGGUUCCCAGAAUUCUUGGACUCCUCAAGCCCUGCGCUAAUGAGUGGCAAAGCAGGGAGAGAUGGACUCAGAGAGCCCUCUUUGUCCCAAGGACAACCUAUCCCAGCUCCUGCAGAUGCAUUGCCUGAGCAGUCCAGACCUUUGGAAUGUGCUCGCCAGCUUCAUCUGCCCUUCUAGAACGGACCAGGAAGGCCUUGGAAGAGGUUCUCCAGCCUUUUGCACAGACAUCUUGUUGGGAUCCCUAUGUUAAGCCUUGAAAAAAAAACGUAAGUAUUCUCUUCUGCUUAUUUUUGACUGUAUAGAAAGUUGUAACAAUGUUUUGUUCACACAUCUAAAAAGGAUUGUGCCGCUUCCAGUGGGAGUUUCUAACCAGUAUAAGUAGUAAUUAAAAGAAAAAAUAAGCAUUUAAAAAGCAAACUUAUUUCAAACUUUUGUUUUCUACAAGUGCUUUUAUUAUUCAGUGGGAAAUGCUAGCCUUGUGCAGUGUUAAUUAAUGUUAAGCAGGCAAAGAUCAAUUCAGUGCCAUCAAAUUAAAAAGUACCUACAUUGGUAGCUUGCCCUGAGCUUGAGUCCCAGGCCAAAUGACUUUUGCUUCCUCUAAUCAAUCCCUCAGUGUUCUCCUCACCCCCUUUCUUCCUUAUGCCCAUUAAUGCUACUUCCUUUGUGUACCCGCCCACAACUUGUUUAGAAGUUAAGUGGCACUGGGACCAGGGGACUUCCUCUUUCUGACCACCUCAUUGUUCAAAUUUUGAAGGUCCUUGUGAGGAACACACAGGAGAGCCAAUUCCUUGGCCGGGUGGGUAGCUGGAGGAGACCAGAUAGCCAAUGACAACUUCAUUCCUCUCCCCUACAUCCCAAUGAAGUCUCUGUUAGUUCUGAAAGGUCUCAGGAAUUGAAGUGGAGAAUGGAGGAGAAACUAAAGAAAAGGGCAUCUGACUUUAAUCCUUCCCCUGUACCAUUUUCAUAUAGUGAUGGAGAGAAAAAUACUAAAUGGAAUGGUUCUCUUUCUCUAAUAUCAUGUUUUUCUGUUGCAUCAUAAUACAAAAUCUAUAGUCUCUGAGCUUCUGAGCAGUAUUUUGUUCUAGGUUUUGCUCUUUUUAUUUAGAAUUUCAUCCUUACAAAUAUAUACAUAUACAUUUUUUAAUUUUAUGUGGUAAAUAAACAAUGAUCGUAGUGGUGGUUUAUGUGACUUGGUCAUAGCUAGAAGUAAAUCAGUGGCAAAUCUGCCUAGGCUUUCAGAAUACGACCUAAAGUCAGACCUCUGUUAAGCCAUACCCAUCACAAAUUAUCUUUAAUAAUCACUAAUAUUACCUGAGGUAAUUAAUAUGUUAUGGUUUGAAGAGGUAAUGGCUUCUUUUUAUGUAAUGCUAAAAACCCAUAAAAUCCAGAAAAUAUAUAAAUAUAUUAAAAAUUCAUAAUUCAAAAAAAUUUAAAAAAUAGAAACUCUUAUAAUUCAACAUACAAAAUGACAACUCAAUUUAAAAAUGUGCAGAGGCGGACACCUGGGUGGCUCAGUGGGUUAAGCAUCUGCCUUUGGCUCAGGUCAUGAUCCCAGGGUCCUGGGAUUGAGCCCAGCAUCGAGCCCCCACACUGGCCUCUCUGCUCUGCAGGGAGCCUACUUCUCCCUCUCCCUCUGCCUGCCACUCCCCCUGCUUGUACAUUCUCUCUCUGUCAAAUAAAUAAAUAAAAUCUUUAAAAAAGUGUGCAGAGGAUUCGAUUAUGCAUUUCUCCAAAGAUAUAGAAAUGGCCAGAAAAAGGAAAAGAUGCUCAACAUCAUUAGUAAUUAGGGAAAAGCAAAUCAAAACCACAAUGAGAUACCACAUCACAUCUAGAAUGGCUGUAAUAUUUUUUAAUGGAAAAUAGCAAGUAUUGAGAAUGUAGACAAAUUGGAACCCUUGUACAUUGCUGAUAGGAAGGUAAAAUGGUGCAGUCGUGGGGAAAACAGUUUGGCUGUUCUUCAAAAAGCUAGACAGAAUUACCAUAUGACCCAGUAAUUUCACUCGUAGGUAUAUACCCAAAGGAACUGAAAGCUGGGACUGGAAGAGAUAUUUGUACACCAGUGUUUAUUGCAGCAUUAUUCACAAUGGCCAAAAGGUGGAAACAACCCAAGUGUCCAUCAACAAGUGAAUGGAUAAACAAAAUGCAGUAUAUACAUAUGGUGGAAUAUUAUUUAGCUAUCAAAAGGAAUGGAGUUCUGAAUAAUGCUACUUCAUCAACCAUUGAAGGCAUUAUUCUAAAUGAAAUAAGCCAAACAAAAAGGACAAAUAUUGUAUGAUUUCACUUAAUGAAAUUUAAGAAUAGGCAAAUUUACAGAGGCAGUAGAUUAGUAGUUACCAGGGCCUAGGGGAGGGGGAAAGGAGAGUUAAUGGUUAUUGAUUACAAAGUUCCUAUUUGAAGUGAUGAAAACGUUGGAAAUAGUGGUGAUGGUUGCACAGCAUUGUGAAUGUAAUUAAUGUCACUGAAUGGUAGACUUCAAAUGGUUAAAAUGGCAACUUCUAUAUUAUAUAUAUUUUACCAUAAUUUAUUGUAAAGUUAGUAAUAUACCAGAAAUUAUUAAAGUAUUCACUUUAACUGGGUAAAUUAUAUGCUAUGUGAAUUAUAUCUCAUUAAAGCUGUUUAAAAAAAUCUGUGGGAUGCAGCUCAAAUUGUCCUGAGAGGAAAAUUUAUGACUUAUGUGCUUAUAUUGGAAAAAAAAUAAGGGUUGCAAAGUAAUGAGUUAAGCAUCUAAUUUAAUGUGAUAUAAAAAGAACAAGUGAAUAAGCCUAAAGAAAAUAGAACAAUUGAAAUCACAAGGAUAAUAGAAAUUAAUGGAAUAGAAAAUAAACAUAUAAUGACAUGAACUGAGGCAAGAUUUAGUGAUUCUACUAAGAAAAAAUAAACUAGGGAAUUUAUAAACAAUACUGUGAGGUAAAAAGGGUCAGAACCUGAUAUGAGGCAUACAUUUAAAAGAUAGAGGAUAUUACAACUUUGUUUUAAUGAACUUGAAACCUUAAAAUGGAUAAAUUCUAAAAAAAUUUAACUGGCAAAAGUGAUUCAAAAAGAAAUAAUAAGCCAGAUGAUUUUACCAAACAUUUAUAACAAAACUUAAAGAACACAUAAUAUUACAUCUUACACAAAUUAUUCAGGCUAGAAACAGGAAACAGAAAGAAUACUCCUUAAAUCUUGGCAUGAGGGUGGCAUAAUCAUAAUAGUCAAAAUCUGAAAAGGACAGAAUGAGAAAGGAAAAUAACAGAUUAUUCUCUCACAAAUACAGCACCUGAUCAAUCACUGAACUGUACCUCUGAAAUUAAUAAUACACUAUAUGUUUAUUAAUUGAAUUAAAAUAAAAUUUAAAAAAUAAAAAUAAAUACAAAGACCUAAAAGAAUAAAAAAACAAACUGAAUACAGUGACAUAUAACAAUAUGCAUUAUGACCAAUUGGGUAGAUCCCAAAAAUUAAAGGUUGAUUCAGUGCUGGAAAAGCAAUUCGUAUAAUUAAUGGCUGCAUUUCUAAGAGGCAUGGCAAGAAAGAGAUGAAACACAAAAAAUAGUUAUAACUGAAGGAAAUUUAAGGAACAGCUUAAAGAAGGAUUAAUGGAACCAGUAACGGAUAGUUGGACAUCCCUUUGGUGACCAAUAAUAGCCAGGAACCUCUAGGAAUGAAAGGGCAAGGAGAGGAAAUGCUUAGUGAGAGAUGGAAUUAUGGAAGACGGUUUAACCAUCAGUAUUUGUAGCCAUAGAAGAAUGUGUCCUCUGUCAGAACCAUAACAAGUCAGUACUGUGACCAGUGAGGGCUACCACUCUCCCAUCUCCUGCUGUUGCCUCUCAUUUGUCAGCCUCCGUGAAAAGCCAGUGGCAAGGGAGCUUGGGGAUGCAAGCAGUAAAAAUAAGCCUUGUAGGGAAUAGAGCAGUAAAGGACAAGGAAUGGAUUUGGGGUGUUCACUUUGAGAAUAGCCUGCUAAACGAUAUGAUCAGAGGUAAAAAGGAAAGUUGUAUAAUCAUCUAGUUGGCAAACUUCUGCAAAAGGCUAACUAGAUAGUAAAUAUUUUUAGCUUUGCAGGCCAUAGAACUACACAUUUUUGCCAUUGUAGUGUGAAAACAGC